UACAAUAAUUUAGUGAGUUAUAUUUCCAAUCUCCCCAAAAUUAAUAUCUCCAUUAUUUGUCAUUUUAUAUUUCUCCCAUAUUAUUACUUCCUACAAUAAUUCUCAAUUCGCGAUCACCGUACCCGCUUCCGCAGUGCUUGUUAAUUCAUUCCCUAACAUAAUCUAUAAGUGAAAAAUACCACUUCUAUUUCCCAGGAGUAUAUAUUCUAACCACUCUAUUUUUUUUCUUGAUUUUCAGCAGACCAGACUUUUGAUUCUGUUUUUAAUUUGUUUCAUUAUAGCUUUUAGAGGAAUUAUAUUGAUCCUCACUUUGACUCCGAUGGUGGUUUAUUGUUCUUGGUGUCACAAGAAGGGUGGUUGGGGUUGGUUCUUCACAACUCUUUGAUCUCUCAUUAAAACAAGACCUUGAGCAAAACAGUAACUGCCGGCUGUUGAUAUGAAUAGGCAGGCAUUCUCAUAGAAACAUAAGUCGAUAUUUGGCCAUAUUCUUCUUUUACAAAAACAUUUCAUCCUUUCCUGUUAAAGUCUGAUAGUUGGUUUUGGUAGAGUGAGGAGCUAAAGAAAUUGGACCCUGUCACCUGCUGCAGUAAUGCAAAACUCCCUGCGGUGUUUUUGGGUUAGUUUUCUACUUGCAUGUCCCCACGAAAGAGAAAUAAUUCUUUGAUUUCCAUUUAUAUAUGGACCCACCAUAUUUUUCUGUUGACUUUACCAUAAAUAUUUAAGAGUAUUAAUUUAGGAUUGGUUGAUAACAAAAUGGAAGAGCCAUUGAAGAAGGGGCAUAUGUGCAACCCGUUUUUCAUACUCCAGCAUUAUAUAUGCACAGUACAUUAUAUAUAUAUAUAUUUUGACUGGAAAUUGAGUGGCAAUUUCCUAGUUUGCUGUUUGUAGCUAACUUCUAAAGUCAUGGCGAGAAGUUCAAGUCAAUCGACUCUUUCAGCUCUGUGGUUACAUCGUGUGGAAAUAUGCAGCACAAUACAGUUGACCUCAAGUCAAGGUCCACCUUUUAAGUCUUUCUACUGGCCGGCUGCUCUCCUCUUCUAUAAUUCUCUUCCUUCUCCAUUGCUUGAGGGAGAGAAUUGAAGGAGAGAGGUGCUGGUAAUGGUAUGGGUCUACCCUUUAAUCCUUGUUUCUUUUUCCUUCUCUUUCCCUUAAUUCUCUUAUUAUGCUUUGCUCAUGGAGAAGAUGAGUUGUCAUAUAAUUGUACCAAGGAAUUCUCCUGUGGAAAUAUCAGUCAUCUGGAGUUCCCUUUUGCUCAACACACGCAGCCUCAUUGUGGGUUAGUGGUAGUAAAUUGUUCUGCAACACCUCCAACACUCCAGUUGGAAACCGGGGGAGAUUGGUAUCAGCUUCAGCUUGUGAAACCACCUGUCUGGGGUGACUGGGGUGAGUAUGUGAUCUUCCUUGGAGACUCGAAACUUCAGAGACUCUUCGAUAGCCAUAAUUGCUCAAUUUUAGACGGCUACACCAUCCAAUUUCCAAAUUCUCCUUCUUUCAAAUUCCACAAUUUUGAAAAAACAGAAGCAAACAACCUUUGGAAAUGCAGUUAUCAGAGUCAACCUGAUGAUCCUUUCUACAAUUAUGAAAGGUAUGACUGUAUUGAAGGAUUGACUUUGUACUAUAAAAAUCACUUGGUUCCAGAGUAUCCCAAAUGUGAUCAUGCUAACUGUACCCUGUAUCCAAAUCCAUUUUUUGUUAAACAAAAUACUGCUCAUUUUGGUCUGGAAUUACAUGUCUCAAAUGACUGCUAUGACUGUUACUACGGAGGAGGGCGAUGUACAGCAGACAGCAACAAUAAAUUUCAAUGUAAAAAAGUGACUACAGGAAAGAGAAAGCUGAGAGUGAUUCUAAUCACUGUAAUUUCAGGCGGUUUAGCACUUAUCCUUGUAAGUUUGGCUAUCUUUCUUGUUUGGCGACGCAAGAAAGGAAGCAAAGGCUAUUCAAGAAAUACAUCUUCACAUCCCACCUUGGACCUCGAGAGAGGCCGGAGUAGGCUCUUUGGAAUUCUAGUCUUCUCCUACUCUGAACUUGAAGAAGCCACAAACAAUUUUGAUCCUUCUAAAGAACUUGGGGAUGGAGGUUUUGGCACUGUUUACUAUGGGAUUCUUAAGGAUGGAAGAGAAGUUGCUGUGAAGCGCCUUCAUGAGCGCAACUGCAAGAGAAUGGAGCAGUUUGUGAAUGAAAUCUCAAUUCUCACCCGGCUAAAGCACCCUAAUCUCGUUACACUUUAUGGCUGCACAUCAAGGCAUAACCGCGAACUCCUCCUUGUGUAUGAAUACAUUCAAAAUGGAACACUUGAAGAUCACCUCCAUGGCCAAAGAGCAGCAGAUGGACUGCUCACAUGGCCUAUCCGCUUGAAGAUUGCAGUGGAAGCUGCAGCUGCAUUGGUUUAUCUGCAUGCCUCAGAAGUAAUCCACCGCGAUGUUAAGAGCAGUAACAUACUUCUUGAUGAGAAUUUCUGCGUCAAAGUUGCAGAUUUCGGGCUCUCGAAACUCUUCCCUGCUAAUGUCACCCAUGCCACCACUACACCUAAAGGGACACCUGGAUAUGUUGAUCCAGACUAUCACGAGUGUUAUCAGCUCACUUAUAAGAGUGAUGUUUAUAGCUUCGGGGUCGUUCUUAUUGAACUCUUAUCCUCAAUGCCUGCUGUGGACGUACGCAGGCAUACACACGAGAUCAGUUUGGCAAAACUAGCAACAAACAAGAUUCUAAUAGGAGCAUUUGAUGAACUCAUUGAUUCCUCUCUGGGGUAUGAGAUGGAUACUGAAAUCAAGAGAAUGACUACUUCAGUAGCAGAGCUAGCUUUUCAGUGCUUGCAAACUGACAAGGAUAUGAGGCCUACAAUGGAACAGGUAUUGGAGUCUUUGAAGGAGAUUCGAGGCGAUGAGUUGAACGAGGAUGAAAGCGUGAAUGGUGAGGAAACUAAUGCGUCUACAGAAGAGGAGCCACAAAGAAAAGCAGUGACCUGGGCUGGUCCCUCGCUUGCACCUCAUGGGAUUUUGAAGCUCGUUUCGACUAGGAAGAGCAGUUGAAGUCACUGGAUUUUGCCAUUGCUUCUAACUAUGAGGGAUUUGUUACAGAGUAUUGUAUUUUGUUUUCCUAUCAAACUUAUGAUUAUUGUGCCUAUAAAUGAAAUUUUAUUUCUUGUGUAUAUAUUUGAAGUUUGAACCACAGGUUUCAUGUAUUAAUUACAGUAAAAUAAGAGUGUGUAUCAGAACUCCUUGUAAACAGCCCUGCUGUUUUUCAUUGGACUUCAGCAUAUACUUCAGAUAAUUAUAUCAUCUUGCAGAUUUCUCUCUUA